GUCCAGUCGAUUCGUUAACGGACAGCUCCAAGUGAGGGGCACAUUGUCUUGUCAUCGGAUAUUAGGGGUAUCUGAGAUAUUAUGUUGUGUUCAUUUUCAUCUACGAAAUAAUGAAUAUGGCUCCCGAAGCUCUUCUGAAGAAGUUAGACAGUGGCGAUGUUUCUAACAUUUUUACCGAAGUGAAGGCUGCUGUGAAGGGGCGAGGCUGCUCUGGAAUGGCACAUCGACUCAUGUGUCGAAUCUCCAAUUUAACUGUCAUGAAAAGAAAUGGCAAUUCUGAACCUAUUCUCUCCAAAAAUGAUGAAAUCGUGCAACUUGCACUAUAUUGCGCCCAAUCCAUUUUAUCUGACACUGCUGCUGAAGUUAAAAUUGAUUCGAAUCCUCGAACAGUACAGUCAAUUUUAACUAUUCUCUGCAGGUUUCAGAAAAGUAACGACAUUCACUCUGCGGUGAAAAUACUGAAUGUGUUUUUACCAAUUCUAGAGAAAAUGUCUUCUUCUUUUUCUCGUGUCGAUAUGAAGAAGAUGGACCAGUGCGUUGUCAUUCUGUACAACUUGUUGAUUUCUGUAAACGACAGUGUGUAUAAAGAAGGACACAUGAGUGAAUUGUCCCCACUAAAUCUGUGGGAUCUCAUGCUACGAGUCAGUUCUCUUGCUAAAUAUUGUGAUCUCAUAUAUAUCCUGUAUUUAAUGGGAAGUAUGACCUAUAAGUAUGAAAAGCUGCAUGUGAAUAAUGCUAAACAAAUUUCUACCUUUAUAAGAGCUAUGUCAGGAAAGCUCUCACUGUUUUCUGAAACAAACCAUGUAAAGGUUGCUGAUCGGGGUGGUGACAACGACAAGGUCUUCUCAAAACUUGUACCAUCGCUGAUACGGCUCAUGACAGUAGAUUUGAAAGCAGGCAACACAGCAAAUGCACAUUGUACUCUAUUAGAUAUGUCCAAAUUUGUUGCAUCAUGCUUUGAUGAUAAUUCUUAUCACAUGAAAUGCUUCAAAGUGAUUUCAAGACUUUUUAAUAUUUUCCACUUCUCAACCAACCUCCCGCCUGAAGAAAGUACCUUCAUCAGUGAGAUGCAGGCUUUGAUAGAAAUAUUGAAAAAUGAAAAAGUACCAAUGCGGUCGUCAUUUACAUGGGUUGUACAUUUUGGUGGUUGUCUCUUUUCAUCUAUGGACCAGCUAACCAAAUCAAUAGACUUAAAAAAAAUUUUCAGCCUUGCAGUACUUUCUUCCAUUGGUCAGUUUGCACAUUAUUUAUCUGAGUCGCUUCUGUCAUUUUGCCACUCAUCUUGUACUGCGGAAGAUGGAAGUGUGUGCCCAUAUACAGGCGAUUCAGUUCUAGCAUUUAAAAGUCUCAAAAAAUUUGUUUCACUUUGCUUUGAUUGUAAGAAGGAUGUGGAGGAAUGGUCAGAAGUCUUACCUCUGGUGAAAGAUAGCUGUGAUAAUCUGGAACUAAUUAUAACCAAGGCAUCAGAAGGGAAGUGUGUUAAGGAGCAAUUACUUAAAGCCUCAUUGUGUGAUUUGUAUUACAAUUUAGGACUCACAUGCUUUUCUACAAGUAAUUGGAAAUAUGGUUUAACAUUCUUAGAGUGGCUCACAAGAUAUUUGUUUACAGUUGAUAAAGAAAUCACCAUGACAAAUGCCCAAAGACUGUCUUCCAUUCUGUUAAGGCUUUCGGUUUGUUAUGAAAACUUGACUUUCACAAAUCAGGCCAAAGUGGCCCUAGUGUUGGGUGUGAUUUUACAAUUUAAGUACAAUGUUUCUCAACGUACAUUUUUGCAAGACAAAUGGGUCCUGCUUCAGAAUGGAAAUAGUGAUAGUAGAACAGCAGACAAAUUACUCUCAGACAAAACUCUUCUUAAAUCUAUCUACCCACAAUUUACAUUUUAUAAACAUCUGGUUCCUAAGUUAAUGCUUUGGGAACUUUCUUGUUAUGCAGCCAACAGGAUGAAAACAACUGAUGUCAUUCUAAAUGCAUGGGCAACUCUCAAGGAAUCCAAACCAUCAGCGCUGCAAUUAUUAGAAGGAUCUGCUCUUGCGUCACAGGCUUUAUUUUAUACUAAUGAUUUUGUUAGCUGGUGUGACAUAUUGUCAGCAUCUACUUCCUUGUGGUUUAGUCAAGUGAAGCCUGAUCAACAAGCUGUAGCAUUUUGUGCAAUGGGGGCUCACUAUCAUACCAAGUUUUUGAAUAUGGCUCAAAAACACUUUGAUGAAAACUUUACCAAAGUAAAUGAUGUCAAAGCUUACUGUACAAAUCCUGCAUCUGUUAGGAAACCACAGGAUGUGUGUGACCCAGCUGAUUUUUGUCAAGUUCGAAGCAGUUUUCCUAAUCUGAACCUUCACAGAGAACAGAAGCUCAUGGAUUUAUUAGAGGAAGCAGUGAAUUUCUGGAAUAGUUCCCUUGAAAAUGGUUUGAGUGUCACAGACUACACUUCCAGCCCAAUUGUUGCAGCAAGUGGUGAUUACUUGCUCAAUAUUGCAUUCCUGUAUUGUUUGUGGGGCCAUAAUUCUGCAGCUGCUAAAACUUUCCAAGUCUGUUGUACAUUUGCAAGAAAAAUGUCUUUGGAUGACUUAUUGAUUCAAGCUUUGUCAGGUUUGAUGAGUACUAUUGAAGUCAGUAAAGAGUGUAUUUUAGAAGCUGAAAACGUUUUGGAAAAUUUAAAAGAUCAUCCCAAAAUAAGUUACUUUAAUAAAGUCUACUGCACAAGUAGAGCAUUCCAGGCACUAAGGACUGGUUCCUUCUCAGAAGGUUCUAAGGCAUUAGAGAAUAUUAUCGGUUGUGUUCCCACACCAUCUACUCAAUGGUGCUAUGCCUUUGCUAAGACUUUGGAGGCAUCUUAUCAAUUUCUCCCCUCAUCAAAGCAUCCUAGUUCUCAUCGUAGUUCUAAAAAGGGUGGAAGUGAUUUAGUUCUUAGUGGUUUACGCUGCAUCUUACAGAAUAUUCAGGAUAGGAGACUUUCGCAAUCACCUGUAACUUUUGCUGCUGUGGUCCAUCAUGCACUCUGUUCUUCAUUGUGGAUUGGUAGAUAUUAUCUACAUCGACACAUGCCUAGAGAAGCAAGAUGCUACCUAGCAGCUGAAUUAGUUCUUGCUCUCAAGCUGGGACUUGCAACAAGAGCCGCAGAAUUUAUUUGUCAACUGGCUUUGGUAGACUUAUUGACUGAAAAUGUAGAUGAAGCUGUGGCAAAGGUAUCAGAUCUGAAAUGUAUUUUAGAUGAUAAAUACAUUCCUUCUGAAGAUAAUGAUAGUGGUGACAGUACUUUUCAAUUGGAUGAGGCAAUUUCUCCAAACAAACUACUGCCGGAUCCCAAACAUACUGAUACUCUUGGGUGCAGUCCUGCUCUAGAAAAGAAUGAAAAUUUUGAAAUCCCUACUUCUAAACAUAGUUUAUCUUGCAAGUGUUACAUGUGCAGUAAUGUCUCUGUUCAGAUUGUGUGGUUGAUGUUUGGCCGCAUACAAGCUAAGAUUUAUGCACUUCGCUUUUUUGUACACGAGUCUCAUGCAACUUACAAACAAAUUUUUAAAUCUGCUGAUUUGACUGUCAAAAGGCUUUGUGCAAAUGCACUAUCACAAGGAGCCUUUUUACAGCAGCACCAGCUGACAUCAGCUUUAAUUGGUGCAAAACUUGAUUUUGUUGAUAUGCUUGUUAUGUAUGGGAAGGACAAAGAUGCUCAUAGAGAAAAUGAGCGUAUUUUUAGUCUACUAAAUAAUUUGUUCACUGAUGAAAAUAACCUGACAGUGGACACAAAGGAGCAGCGAAUCUGCAUCACUGAGAUUUCAGAACAGGCUAAAGAAAAGGCCAAGUCUCCACGAGUUCUUAAGACGACACCUAAAGCUAACAUAAGUCCAAGAACCUCACCACACAUUUUCAUUGAUAAGACCCCUGAGGCAAAGGAGCUUCCCAUCACACCGGUUGGGCCAGGAAAGAGAAGACCACCAUUACAACAACUAAUUAAAGCUCCCAAUCAUCAUUUGAAGCCAUUAACUGAUAAGCAGUUCUAUUCUCCAAAAGUCUCUAGAGAUCUUGAAAAUCUCAUUGGUAGUGAUGAUGAUAGUGAUAUUUUUGUCACUGUGCCUUCAAAGGAAAAUGUUUCGCAUACUCCCCACAGACUGGAGAAGGCAUCUUGUAACAAACAAGACUUUAUUGAGGAGGCUUCUGUCUCCAGUUGUCUUCCUGGCGGUCAGGAAACACAAGCAGAUGGUAUCAAGAAUGUCCAAGCCAAGAAGUUAUCAAAAGUAGUACAAUCAUCGAAGUCAAAGGCUGUGAGUGAUGAAACUUUUAUUGUAAGUGAAAAGUCUUCAUCUUUAAAGCAGCCUACCAAAUCAUUACCUGUUGCGAAACCUCCACCAUCUGAACGUAGGACUUCCAAAACAUUGCCAACUGCUGAGAAAUCUUCUCGAAGGGUACCUGCCUCAGUUCCCAAGGUGAGGGCUUCAGGAACUGACCGUGUGCCACCUAGUAAGGAAAUCAAAGUAUCUGUGAAAGAAACUACCAAAAAAACUGAAACCAGUGCUAGAUCAUUGCCACCUAGGGGCAACAUUAAAUGCAUGAAGACAUCAACGUCAGAAGCAAAGGAAGGAAAUUCAAAUGGUACGGAUCGCAUAAAGUUGAGUAAAGCAUUUACAGAUGUUUCAGAGGGGAAUGCACGCCAAACCCGGCAACGAAAGCAUUUAUAGUUGUUUGUCUAAAAUGUUUCAUUUUUCUAAAGUUAAUUGAUGGCUUUUUAUGAUGAAAGACUGUUUUUUACUUAUAUAUUGUGUGUGUUGUCUUGGUAUUUUUAAAAUGAAAAAUUGUAAUUUCAAGAAAUCAAUU